AUGUCCCAAGCAUUUAAGAUUAACGCGAACGCGGAGCCCUAUACCGAUAUCCCUCCGAUCUUCGCGCGGCUCCUCGAGGCGAAGGCACAGAAAGGGCUCUCCUUCGAGGCCAUCGGCAAGGCCAUCGACCACGACGAAGUCUGGGUAGCAGCGCUCUUUUAUGGCCAGGCAAAGGCGACUCCCGAAGAGCUCGCGAAGCUCGGCGAGCUGCUUGAAAUCCCCACCACGAGCCUGACCGCCGAGAUCGGCGAGGACUGGUUCCCGCGCCGCGGCCUCGGCCCGGUGCCGCCCCAAGACCCACUCCUGUACCGUCUCUUCGAGGGUGUAUUGGUGUACGGCACGCCCAUCAAGGCGCUCAUCCACGAGAAGUUCGGCGACGGCAUUAUGUCCAUGAUCGACUGCAAGGUCAACGUCGAGCGCAAGGCGCACCCCAAGGGCGACCGCGUCGUUCUCACGUUCGAUGGGAAGUUCCUGCCUUACCUCAGGUGGUAA